AUGAAACCAGUCUUGAGUUGUUCCUUGCAAGGUCAUUGCAAAUACCUUGCACAUCAGUACAUCAUCGCACUUGUAAAGAGUCAUGACACUUUUGAAAUGCUUCAUAUGGCUAUCGAGAUCGAAAUCCCCUUUGAAUGGCGUGAAAGACGGUGUCGUGAAUUGCCUUGGCGAGGCUGUCUGCUCGAUCUCAUUGGUGAAAGGAGAGGAGUUUACGUGCUCUACCUCCUUGCGCAGGGCAUCCUCCAAGUCUCUUCCAAACUUCAAGCCUCAAAGUUGAUUAUUCACAAGUCUCUUGAUGUCUUCUACUCACAAGGCUUGCAGCUCAUGUCGGUGUCUCCCAUGAUGUGGGCGUCGUUGAUCGACCUCCUCAUUGACUUUGGGGGGUUGAUCUCCUCAGUUUUCUUACCUACGCGGCGUAUUGGUGGACUGAGCUUGCGAGAGAUUUUCUGUGUCUUGUAUUCGUGUAUUAGCUCUUCUAGAGCAGGCUAA